UCUGCUAAAAUCCUAUAAAUGCAAAGUAGACGUAUUUUUAAAAUCAAUCUGUCACUGAAACAAAAUUAAUUGGCAGUCCAAUCAAAGAAAAUAAAAGGCAACACGAAUAUAUAUAAGCUUGAUACCAGUUUAUGUGGAUUCAGUCAUCUUGGUUGCUUUUGAGAUGAUAAUACGGCUAUUCUUUAUACAGUGUAUAUCUUAACAAUCUUAACAAAUUCGUAAAAAUUUGUAAAUUUCUUUUGCUUGGAAGAUGUUUGCCAUAAUUUUUGCUUUUGGACUUAUAACAACACAUGUUACAGCAACACUACCUUCCUACCUUCACGCCUGUAGCCACAAGGAUACCAAUUACAAUCAAUGCAUUGCAAACAGCAUCGAUAGUGUAAAAGAUAAAGUUUGCGCAGGAUUUUCAGAAUUGAACAUUCCACCAAGCGAACCAUUAACUAUCGACAAAAUAGUUAUUUUUGACGCAAAUAAUAUUAAAUUGGAUCUCAAAGAUGUGAAACUAUAUAGAUAUUGUGAUUUCGUCGUAAAUUCGGUUAAUACAGAUUUUGAAAAGCUCCACUUCGAUAUUGAUUUUUUAUUACGACAUAUUUAUAUAAAAGUCACGUAUGAUUUUAAUAUACAUCUGUUGGUGCCCGUUGCUCAUAAGGGGCCAGCUGACAUUACUGCAGAAAACGUAGGAUUGAAAGUAGGCCUGGACUUAAAAGUGAUAACCAGAAACGGCAAAAAAUAUAUAUUUGCGUCGAAAGCAACCGCCAAAUGUGACAUCAAAUCAUUCAAAUAUAAGUUUACUGAGGACAAAAAAGAAUUAGCUGAGUUGCAUAAGAUUAUUGACGAUGUCGUAUCCAAAAAUACAAAGGAAGUUGUUAAAGCUGUUUCAGCAGCAGUUGAAGAGCUAGCCUCCAGAUUCGUUAUAUCAAUGUUCAAUGAUAUAGCCUUCUCUCGUUACGAGGAACUAUUUUCGCCAGAGAUAUGAAUUGUUCGAGACUUUGACAUUUAUUAGGCUACAUUAGGUUACGCAUACAAAACUUAAUUACAUAUUUUACUUAAUUGUUUAAUAAUUUUUUAUUAAACAACAAACGACGGCUAAAAUCUUUUUAAAAUUACUCGGAGUAGUGAUCUUGAUUAUAAAUAUCAAGAUUAAUGUUAUUUAGACUGACUUUAUAUAUUGGAAUAUUUACCAUUGACAUAUUGCAUUUACGAGAUGUGUCCCAAAAGUAAUGAGAAUGAAUUUAUUAUAGCCCAUUAUUACAUAUCCGAGCAACAAUUACUUCGGAUCUCCUUCAAAGUAGGCUCCUUGGGAACGCACAAACCGUUUCCAAAGUUCUACCAUUCCUGGAAGCAAUGCUGGAAGUCCGCAUGUCUGUGAAUGUGUUCAGCGCGUGUGGCCUUUUGGAUCUGGUCGAGAGUCCCGUGAUGGCAACCUUUUAACAGAUUUUUCAUUUUGGGAAGGGCAAAAGAAUUACACGGAGCUCCAGGUACUGCUUUCAGGAAUGGCAAAACCUUGGGAACGGCGUUCCCAACGUACACACCGUUUCCAAGAAGUCUACUUUGAAAGAGAUACAGAACAUAUUUAUCGGCAAUUUUAUCACUGAAUCAUUGAUUAGUUGGUUUCGAAAUAUAAUUUUCAAGUUGGAAACAGAUAGAGAAGAGAAACAAUAUUUGUUCAUUCGUAUUUAAAUGAUUGAAAUGCUUGUAUACAAGCGUGUAUCUAAAACUUUUGUACACUUUUUGCAAAUUUACAUGGUAUAUUAUAUAUAGAUAUGUACAUACAUAUAUAACAUGUAUGUAACUUAAAUUGUCAGACGU